AGCGUCCUCCCUCUCUGAGCAGUGAGCUGCUCUCUCCUGGUUUAUUUUGAGGGGCUCUUAUCACAGCUGUUGCAUCAGUGGUGGCCGCCUGUCCGAGCCCCUCCACACUCUUUCUGUUCCCCAUCUGGCCCUCAGUCCUGAGGCAACUGUCUCCUUUGUGUUGCUACUAGCUCAGAAUAAUGGAGGCUUGUCAGGAGAGCAGCACUGCCCCCACCGGUCCCGAGGCAUCUCCGGUCGAGGAUCACCACAUCGACCUGACAGAAGACCUGGGCCAACAGCUGGAGGACAUCAUUAGCACCUACCAGGCAGCCCCGAAUCCAGCUGAGCCAGAGGACACAGAGGUCACAGCUGUCAAAGAGUCAGACGCCCGCAAGGACCAGAAGCUGGAGAAAAAAAUGCUCAAAAAUCUAGGAAAGGAGGCCAUGCUGCUGAUGCAGAGCCUGAACAAACUCGACACUCCAGAGCAGAAACUGGAGGCGAUCAUCAAGAAGCACGCUGAGCUGUUGGAGGAGCAUCGCAGUGAUCAGAAACAGAUGAAGACUCUGCAGAAGAAGUUAUUCCAAGUGGUGAAGGAGAAGGACCAGCUGCAGAGCGAGCACAGCAGGGCCGUGCUGGCUCGCAGCAAACUGGAGGGGCUCUGCAGGGAGCUGCAAAGACACAACAAGACGUUAAAGGAGGAAACCCUUCAGAGGUGCAGAGAGGACGACCUCAAGAGGAAGGAGAUUACCACUCAUUUCCAGGGAACGCUCAGUGACAUCCAAGCCCAAAUUGAGGAACACAGCAGCCGCAACACCAAGCUCUGUCAGGAGAACGGCGCCCUGGCAGAAAAACUCAAGUCGCUCAUUACACAGUACGACCAGCGGGAGGCGAACCUGGAGAAGGUUUUCAAGCACCGAGACCUGAAGGAGAAGCUGCUGGAGACCAAGCUCAAGCAGGCCAAUGUGCUCCUGCAGGAGGCCCAAGAGAAGCACAAGUUGGAAAAAGAGCUCCUGCUCAAACAGACAGCAGAGGCUAAGCUGCAGCUGAAGGUCCUGAAGGAGCAAGAACUCGAUAUGAGGAGCCAGCUCGACAUGUACUCCAAGAAGUUUGAUGAAUUCCAAGGCACGGUGUCGAAGAGCAACAGCGUCUACAGCAGCUUCAAACAGGACAUGGACAAAAUGGCAAAGAAAAUGAAAAAGCUGGAGAAAGAGUGUCUGUCAUGGAAGACUCGCUUUGAUUCCUGCAACAACAGCCUCAUUGACAUGGUGGCAGAUAAAGCAAUCAAAGAAAAGGAGUUUGAGCUUCUCACCAUCAAAAUCCAGAAGCUGGAGAGUUUGUGCAGGGCCCUGCAAGAAGAACGAAAGAGCCUACAUGAGAAGGUGCAGGGAGUCCAACCAGACAUUACCACCGCUGAGAAAACACAGAAUGAAGACCUGAAAGAGAAGCCAGCUCAGAGCAACACAACUCCUUCUUCUGCUGGAGCACAGACGGUCACAACUCCACUGACCCGGGAACUGGCUAAACUGAAGACUGAGCAGGCCCUCCUGAAGGAAAUCGCCGGUCCUUUUACAAUCUCUCAUGUUUUACCUACAGAAACGAGAACAGACCAAUCACAUGAACUCUCUGAGGUCAUCCUGGGGUCAGAGGAGAAGCACACAGAAGAAAAAGUCCAUGAGAAUGAAAAUCAGGAACAGAGAGAUCUGGAGAUAGAGUCAGUUGAUUAACUGCUGUGAUGAGAAACCUGGGGCCUGUCUGGAAAUAAAACAACCUCUCUGUUUUCA